AUGAUAGCUAACCGAUCGCCGCCGCUAGCGGCCAGUCCGUCCACUUCGCGCCAGAUAUACUCGACCAAACCCGAUCCACAGCCGGUCCCCAUUCAAUCAACGCGACCCGACCCUCAGCUCAAUGGUAAGUGUUUUUCUCUGUUUGUUGGAAUUUUUAGGAAGCCGAUCGUGUUUUUGUAAACGAAGACGGACCAGCGGGGGUGGGUUUCAUCUGGCCAAGGUCCGGGUCGGGGUUGCGAAAUUCAGCUGUUUCAACCAAAACCAGCGUUAUAAUGGCCUUUACGGGCGCUUUCAACGAUUUUUCGCAUAGAUGGGAGCCGUCACAAAGGGGUUUUUGGAUUUAAAUUGAAGAGCUUUUAAAGGAUAAUGGAGAUUUUUGGCGUCGCGACACUUGCGGGCAACCACUUUGCGGGCAACCAGUUUGCGGGCAAAUUUUUUGCUGGCAACCACUUUGCGGGCAAAAUUUGGAGGGUCACAUUUGCGGGCAGCUGAAACAUUUGCGGGCAGCUGAGACAUUUGCGGGCAGCCUGGGACAUUUGCGGGCAACCGACACUUGCGGGCAACCGGCACCUGAGGGUAACAGGGUGGAGGUGGAAAAAUUACUAUGAUAUUUUGGAAAUUUGCCGACAUUUGCGGGCAGCCGACACUUGCGGGCAACCGACAUUUGCGGGCAACAGGAAAAAACAAUCACACAGACUGUAUUGGUACUUUUGGAACUGUUGCCCGCAAAUGUCGGCUUCCCGCAAGUAUUGCCUGCCCGCAAAUGUCGGAAAACUUCCAAAAUAUCGCAGUAAUUUUUCCACCUCCACGUUGUUAUCCUCAAGCGCCGGUUGCCCGCAAAUGUCGGCUGCCCGCAAAUGUCGGAAAACUUCCAAAAUAUCGCAGUAAUUUUUCCACCUCCACGUUGUUAUCCUCAAGCGCCGGUUGCCCGCAAAUGUCGGCUGCCCGCAAAUGUCGGCAAAUUUCCAAAAUAUCAUAGUAAUUUUUCUACCUCCACCCUGUUACCCUCACAAUCAGGUGUCGGUUGCCCGCAAAUGUCGGCUGCCCGCAAAUAUUCCAGGCUGCCCGCAAAUAUCGACCCUGCCCGCAAGUGUCCCAGGCUGCCCGCAAAUGACGGUGCUAUCCGCAAAUGUCGGCUGCCCGCAAAGUGGCUGCCCGCAAAAAAUUUGCCCGCAAAGUGGUUGCCCGCAAAGUGGUUGCCCGCAAGUGUGCGCCCGCCAGAUUUUUAUCGGGGAUUUGUGACUUUGCUAGAGUGAGAAAAUUUUGUAGACCCUUUUGCAACGAAAUGUGGACUACAAGCUCCCAAUUUAGAGGUUUUCCAUUCCAUUUCGGCCACAAAUUAUUAUGUCCAAAAUUCUAUGUAUAACAAAAAAAAAUCCAUUUUUCAACCCGAACAUUCCCAGGUCCAUAACGCUUUUGUAAGACGGCGGAUGAAGAAUAAAAUUGACAAAGAACAGGCCCAGACACCUCACGCUUUGAUGAAUAAUUCGAAUUCUUUGCAUUGAGCGAUUUUUUCAAUCAAAAUUAUCAUGCGAUUCGAGGAAAGUAGCAGUUUUUUUGAGGAAAGUUGAGAUUUUAUUCUUUGUUGUUGUAGAGGAGGUUUAGGCUCGGAAGCUUCUAAUACAACAAACUUUUUUGGAAUUUUUUGAUUCAGUGACACGAUGUAUUUUUGGCUGUCCCCAUGUGAAUUUAACGCCCUUAUUCUGAUGUUCCCGCUUGCAGAGAUCCGGAACGACGACGAUUUGCAUGGCGGAGGGCCGGUGUCGGCCUCGCAACCCUACCUCAAGGACGGCUCCACCAAACACAAGGAGAAGAUUGGGCACCGGCGGACGGACCGCGAAGGUGGGGUCACGUACAAGCGUGUCCCCACCAGCAACCUCAUGGGCGCCAUCCAAAUGGGCAUCUCGAACUCGAUCGGCUCGCUGGCGCACCGCAAGAUGCGCGACAUUUUGGUGCAGGACUUCGAUCUCAUCGAAACGGUGGCCUUCCCGAGGUAGGGAGUGGUGAUGCCAAGGGUUUGACAGUUUUCGUAAAAUGAAAUUUGGGUGUUUUUAUUUCAGCGAAGGAAGCGGCACCACUCCGUCCCACACAUUCGGCGAUUUCCGCUUCAAAACCUACGCACCUCUGGCAUUCCGAUAUUUCCGCGACAUUUUCCACAUCCAAGCCGCCGAUUUUCUUGUAGGUGUUUGGAAGGUUUUCCAUUUUCGAAUUUUAGAGCUCACUCUGCACGCAACCUCUGAAAGAGUUGUCGAAUCCCGGCGCGUCGGGCUCCGUCUUCUACGUCUCCGCCGACGACCGCUUCAUCGUGAAGACGAUUCAGCACAAAGAGGCCGACUUCCUGUGCAAACUCCUCCCCGGUUACUACAUGAAUCUCCAACAGAACCCUCGAACAAUGUUGCCCAAGUUCUUUGGCCUGUUUUGUUAUCAGGUAAGCGAAGUUUAUUUGAUUAUUUCUCUGUCUUUAGAGCCUCGGAAAGAACAUCCGGCUGAUCGUCAUGAACAAUUUGUUGCCCCAAAGCAUCACGAUGCAUCAUAAAUUCGAUGUCAAAGGAUCCACCUACAAGCGGUACGCGAGCAAGGCCGAACGCGCCAAGGCCUCGCCCACUCUGAAAGAUCUCGAUUUCAACGAAGAAUACCCAAAUGGGAUCACGUUGGACCCAAAAACCUACGACAUUUUGAUGGAUAUUGUGAAACGAGACUGUCUGGUCCUGGAAUCGUUCAAGAUUAUGGACUAUUCCUUCCUCAUUGGCAUCCACAAUAUCGAUUUGGAAGCAGGGACGGCCCGCGAAGACGAAGAUCAAGCUCCUAUCGCCUCUCAAGAAGUAAUGUCGCCUUCUCAAGAUGAUCUGAAAGCGGAAACGGAAUCAGAGAACCGAGAACCGAUCAGUGCGCGCACGGAGGCCUGGAGGGCGUUACAAUUGGACUUCAAUGCGCCAAAACCCAGUCACGAGUAAGAACUUGAGGGGAUUUUUUUGUUUAUACAGGAAGGAAAAUAUCAUUUCGAUAUUUUUAUUGUAAAUUUCACUUUGUUUCUCUCGAGAUUGACCUAAUUUCUCCGGAAUUGGCUUUGUAUAGACGGCCAAUUUAUUUCUUUGAUAACGCAUCCGUAAAGCUGUUGUUUUCUAGGAAUGAUGCAUCAAUUUGGUCCUUUCAUGUUUUGGCCAUGUAUUUUUAAGGUUUUUUCUUCCUUCCGGCAUACUUCAAACCCUUUCUUUUGUGACAGAAAGCAGAAUCUUUUUGAUUCCAAAAGCGAUUUCAUCACAAAAACAGGUUUUGAAAAAUGCCGGAGAGCAAAAAAUAGUUGAAACUUUAUGUCCAAAAAAUGACGUCCACUAGGAUAAAAUUGACACAUAAUACAUGAAAACGGUGGGUUUACCUAGGGGUUAUCUCCGAAAUAAACUCUCCAUUGCUUGUCGUUCCAGUCCGUAAACUAAUCCAGCAUUUUUUUCCAGGACCGGCGGCGUCCCAGCCCGCAACCACAAAGGCGAACGCCUGCUCCUUUUUCUCGGCAUCAUCGACAUCCUACAGAACUAUCGCCUCUUCAAGAAGCUGGAACACACUUGGAAGAGCAUCCUCCACGACGGCGACUCCAUCUCCGUCCACAACCCCUCGUUCUACGCCGAGCGCUUCCAGACCUACGUGGGGACGAAGGUCUUUGUCAGAGGUGGGAAGGAUAGGAUAAUCAUAGUCGUGAGCUAAUCUCAGAGUGCUUUUAAUCGACCUCUCUGGCAUUUGAGAGACUUGAAGCCACGUCUCGCUGCGAUUUUCAUUGCGGCAAGUUCGUUGGCUUUGAAAAUACGGGGGUUUUUACAGGUCCUUAAAUCAUCAAAAAUUUUCGAAUAUGCCAAAAGCUUUUUAAACCCUUUUGCACUGUGCGGUUACCUUUGAAAUUCGAAAAAUUCAACCCCUUUUCAACGAGCUUGUCACGUGUUAUUUGUGGCUUCGAGCUAACAAGUCGUGAAUGACUCUCCCUAACAUUUUGUUUAGUGGUACCUGGGACAGUAAUGUAACGCAUAACUUCUCACAAUUGCACUUGAUAUUGGAUAUUCACACAAUUUUCGUCUUUUUCGAGUCUUUUCUGUGUUGUCGUUGAUUGUUGUCGGAGAGUGGGGUAUCUUUGAGGAUUUCUCCAGCCAUAUUGGACUAUGCUGGUUAUUGUAGAGUGGAUGGGUGUUUUUAGAGGUGCUUCUGAGCUUUUGGUCUUGUGAAAUUAUCGUUUUCUGUUGUUUGAAAAGGAUGCUUCGUUCGGUGUUGUCAAAUUUUGGAUGUUUUUCGACGGGAGGGGUGGUUGAUAUACACGCCCUAACUGCUCGAGUCUUUUUGUCGACUUUUGCACCUAGUACAAGGCGGGAAAGUAAAAAUGACAAAUUUUCUUCGAAAAAAACUAGUAAAUUUAUUGUUUUUCAUGAAUGAUGUAUCAAUUUUUAUCCCUAUGCUGGCAAAAAGUGCGUACGAGUUUUUGUCGAAGGAAAAUUGUCAUUUUUAGUUUCCCAUCUUGCACUCGCCCUACUCACAUUUUCCCACUCGACCUUGUUCCUUUGUCGUCUGUUUCUAUGUUGUCCGAUGCUUUUUUUACCUUAUCCACCUCUUCCAAUCGCGUAUUUUAGCCGAACUCUCGCGCCAUCCCAACAAAUUCCGCUCGAUUGUCCACUCGUACCUGGGUGAGUCGUCAAUUUCCGUUCCCAAAAACAGACUGUGAAUCGUACCUCUUUCUCCGUUUUUCUGACCAUCAGUUCCGUUCUCCAAUGUUUUAUUUUUAUUUUAUUAUUUUUUUGAGUUUUUUCCCUCUUGAAUUCGAUAAGUUCUCGCCCGUUCCCUUGGUUAAAGGUUCGUUUCCUUUCUUGUAUCAACUUUGGUGGUGUUUGGUUCUGAACUUUCCUGUUCUCCAUCAGUUUCUCGCAUAGUUUGAGGUCGAUUUUCCAGGGGUCUAAUGCUAAAAGGUUCCUUCGCCUAUGUCGUGAAAAUGAAGCUUAAAAAUGUGAAAAAAUAAUUUGUGGCGGACCUGAUCCAGUGGCAGAAAACGUCUCAUUUUGCAUCCCGGAAUUGACCAAAAUGAAAAAAUCCUUCCCUUCUCUAAGCUAAAAAACUCCGCUUUGCAAAGCGCGCCCUUUCCUUCAAGGCGGGCUCUUCAACGCGGGGUUUUUUAGCUUAGAGAAGGGAAGGGUUUGGAGACAUUUUGGUCCCUUCCGGGAUGCAAAAUGAGACGUUUUUUGCCAUUGGAUCCGGUCCCUCGCUGUAGUUGGAGAGGGAGACAUUUUUCUACAGUUUUUGAUGCUUUCCGGAUGCAAAAUGGUAGUCGCUGGAUCAGGUACGUAACUGUACCUUAGGCCCCUAUUUUCCGACAUGUAAUGAGCUCAGAGAACUGGAAUCUCAAUGGGAUUUGAAAAAAUUAUUUUGUAAAGUUUUUCUUUCAAUUUCUUCUCUUCCGUCCCACGUUUAGCUUUGGCCCGGGUACUUAUCGCUGUAAUAGUAUCAAACUUUUAUACUUUCUGAUGUUGUUCAUGUUAAGACGUCUUCUAUUCGUAUCUUCCAAGCGCUGUCCAUCACCGGCUUCCACCUCUUUUACACAGUAAAUUUACUGGUUGUAACGAUGUUCAGGAUUAUUGAAGAAAUGGUUUAUUUUCCAAGGCUUGAAAUGCGUUCAAUCUAGGGCUGAUUCGAAUUGACAAAAGCAUGGAAAAAAUAAGCCAAAGUGAGCUUGAUUUCGAUAUCAAAAAGAAUCACAGAAGCACGAAAUUGAUUGUUGGUUUUGAAGACACUGCCUCUCUUCAAAAUCAACAAUUUUUUUUGUGUCGCUGUGAUGCUUUUUGAUGCCAAAGUCAGGUUCACUUUGAUGUCUUUUUCUCCACUUUUGUUUGUUGGAAUCCGCCAAACGUUGUAGGUUCUGUCUCUGUUAACAAAAGGGGAAGGUGAUUUAUGAAUCCGACCUCUUCUAGGGCCUUUGUUCUACUGGAAUUUGCAUGUUUUUACAAUUAAUUUUUGUUAAUUUUCAAUUCUUUUGUUCGGGUUUCCAAAAAUUAGUUUUUGAGGUGAAAGCAAUUGGUUAAAAUAAGUUGAAGACUUUUUUACGGUUGGAGAUGUAAACUGUCGACAUUUUCAGCGAUUAAACAGAACCCUCAACGGCAUUUGCGCAACAAGUCCAUCCCGGAAAAUGAGGAACCCAAGGAGAACGAACCUCUGAUUACACAGCGCAACACCGAACGCCGCUCCCAUUUCAAGUCCAGCGAUUCGGAGUGAGUCUUUUCGAUGGCUAUGGAGUAGAGAGAGCUUUAUGCAAGAAACUUUUGAAUUUUAGUCUAAAGUGAGGAUCAGCCUGGUCUGAAGUUUCGGCAAAAAUUAGUUUUUUUAUUCACCAGGAUUGUGGGGGCGGGUCGAGGCGGAAAUUUGCACUGUAGACACCAAUGCUAUUCCCCAAGAAGGAAUAGCAUUAGUGUCUACAGUGGGGGACCUGAUCCAGUGGCAAAAACGUGCCAUUUUGCAUCCAGGAAGUAUCAAAAAUAUGGCAAAAUGCUUCCCUUUCCAAGUGAAAAAAAAAUUUUUUUUGAAAGGCGCGCCCUUUCCCUCACAAGAAGAGCGGGCGCGCUUUUGAAAUCGGAGUUUUUUCACUUGGAGAGGGAGGUAUUUUGACACAUUUUUUGAUGCUUCCUGGAUGCAAAAUGGUACCUUUUUUUGAAAGUAGAAUGUAUUAAACGUUGACAUGGUUUGCUUUGCUUAUCGUCAACAUCAUUUACAAUAUCGUCGUAUCUUCCAUCCAAAAUGCCCGUUUAUCCUGUGAAAUACUCAGGUGUAAGAGUGAAAUACCCCCAAGGUUAUGUCAGGUUUUCUGCCAAAUGUUGAGUGAUAGGCAAAAGGAUUCUCACUUGCGUACAAUGUGACGUUUUUUGCGCUCAGCAAAAAGAUAGUUCCAACUUUCAAGCCAUAAAUUUGCGGAAUUUCAGGAAGCGCAAACGAAUGGACCGCCUUUUCGCAUCGCCCGACGACUCAUCCAAGUCCACCGCCGAUGCGACGAUCACCACUGCCGACCCGUCCGAGGUCGAUUCCCACAGGCCGGACCGCCCCCUGGAGUAUAGCGACAUCCAGAUCCGCCUCGACUAA